UCGAAACCGAACGAAAGAAGUCACCCGUGAGGUACCGAAAAUUCGGUUUUUCGUCCCGAAAAUGGCAUCUCUAAUUCUGGUGAAUGGGGUGCACCUAGCAAAACAACAAACUGGAUUGCUGGGAGUCGUGUGCCUGAAGGCUAACUACAGCACUGAUGUGCCGCCUCGCAAGCUGAAGACGACCAACCUUGCCGCGAUUAAGCGCGGUACCGGCGGGCGUUCCAGCUUCAACGGAAUCGUCGCCACGGUGUUCGGAAGUACCGGCUUCCUAGGGCGCUACGUGUGCAACAAGCUGGGUAAAAUCGGCAGUCAGGUCAUUCUGCCAUAUCGCGCCGACCACUACGAAGCACUUCGCCUGAAGCUUGUCGGUGAUCUCGGCCAGGUGCUGUUCCAUCCGUACGACCUGCGCGACGAUGAGGCGAUCUUUAAUGCUGUGAAGUACUCGAACGUCGUCAUUAACCUGGUCGGUCGCGAUUGGGAGACGAAGAACUUCACCUUCAAAGAUGUGCACGUGGACGGCGCACGUCGGUUGGCUCGUAUCGCCCGCCAGGCGGGAGUGGAAAAGUUCGUCCACACCUCCAGCCUGAACGCGACCCCGAACCCGCAGCCAUUCUUCACGAAGGAGGGCAGCAAGUUCCUGCAGAGCAAGUACUACGGCGAGCAGGCCGUGCGCGAGGAGUUCCCCGACGCGAUCGUGUUCCGUCCGUCCGACAUCUACGGGCAGGAGGAUCGGUUUUUGCGUUACUACGCGCACAUCUGGAGGCGGCAGUUCCGUGCCAUGCCCCUCUGGUACAAGGGUGAGCGCACAAUUAAGCAGCCCGUGUACUGCUCGGAUUUGGCGCAAGGUAUCGUGAAUGCCAUCAAGGACUCGGACAGUCAGGGCCAGACGUACCAGGCGGUCGGUCCGCGCCGGUACAAGCUCUCCGCGUUGGUCGAUUGGUUCCAUCAGGUGAUGCGUAAGGACGAGAAGUGGUGGGGCUACUUCCGAUACGAUCUGCGUUACGAUCCGACGUUCCGCAUGAAGGUGCUUAUGACGGAGAUGCUGUCGCCGUCGUUCCCGAUCGGGGACGUCCACACGGAGCGUGUCGAGCGGGAGUACGUCACUGAUGAGGUGCAGAAAGGCGUGCCGACGUUGGAAGAUUUGGGCGUUAAUUUGACGUACAUGGAAGAUCAGGUUCCAUGGGAGCUGAGACCGUACCGUGCCGCCCUGUACUACGAUGCCGAGCUGGACGAAUUCGAGAAGCCGACGCCACCGCAAUUCAUCCAGUAAGCCGAGGAGCGAUGCGCUUUCUCCUGCCCAGAAACGAGCGAUCAGUUUUCUAGCAUAAAGCGAGCGAGUGACCCUUUGGUUCGUUGUUACAUUCAAUGGUGGAAACGCAAAUCGUACCAUGUGUAAAAAAAAUCAGAAAGAAGCUAAGCAACUAACUCAAACAAAAAUAAAUGUAA